AUGGAUAAGGAUGGCAAAGAGACUUGUUCAUCUUUACAACUGGAACACCAGUCUUCCCAAAAAAAGGCCGGAAUUAUUCUGUCAUUCUUGCGCACUUCUGUAGAUCAAAAUACUGCACCCACUGAAAUUAAAGGAAACGGCGACUGCAAACCCACUACAAUUACACAGCAAGAUGCACCAGAACUUCCUCACAAUCUCAAAAUUGUUGACAAGAGCUAUGAGGAAGAAACAUCAAUGACACAGAUACACACUCUGGUUACCUGCAGCUCACUGGAUUUUUCACAAGCAUUUCCAAAGGAAGAUGGCACAGAGAACAAUGAACUGGAACUUUGCAGGAUCUGUGACUGUGAAGGUGAUGAUGACAACCCUCUCUUAACUCCGUGUCGCUGCACUGGAACUGUGCGAUUUGUCCACCAGUUGUGCCUGCAAAAGUGGAUCAAAACCUCAAACAUCCGCUGCUGUGAACUCUGCAAAUACACCUUCAUAAUGGAGACAAAGGUCAAACCUCUGUACAAGUGGGAGAAAUUUAAUAUAACAAGAAACGAAUGGAAAAAAAUCAUCAAGACUAUUGCUGUUUACAUUGUUGCUUUAACCUGUGUCACCUGGUCCCUUCAAAUAUUAAUAGAUCGGACAACUGAUAUGAUCUACGUGUCAAAUGGAAUCUUCAGUUGGACUUUAUGGAUGAAGAUUGUCAUUGCUCCUCCCUCACUUAUCUUAAGUAUCGUCAUCUUGUAUGCCGAGCGUAAAUUUUAUAUUAAUCUGUGGAAACGGCUUAAGGCACAUAAUAGUAUGAUCCUCGUUCAGAACUGCCCAGAAACUAAAACUGAGGUUGAAGAACAGCAAUCUUCCUGUAACCACUGCGAUAGUUCAGAGGUGCCAACACUGAUACUGAACAAAUCCACAAAUUUUAUGAAGGGUGAAGACAUGGUGCCCGAGGUGACUCUGGUGUAA